GGAAAAAUAGAUAAAACUCUUUUUCUAAAAAAAGAUCAAGCUCUGUUGGUUGUUCAAAUUUAUGUAGAUGAUAUUAUUUUUGGUGCUACUAAUGAUUCACUGUGUGAUGAAUUUUCUUCUCUUAUGAGUUCCGAGUUCGAGAUGAGUAUGAUGGGAGAACUAAACUUUUUCCUUGGCCUACAAAUCAAACAAACAAGCAAAGGAACCCAAAUAUCUCAACAAAAGUACCUUAAAGAACUUCUCAAGAAGUAUGGAGCAAGUGAAGGCAAAACAAUGAUGACACCUAUGGGAACAAAUGAACGCUUGGAUGCAGACGAACAGGGAAUAAGCGUGGACCAAAAGAAGUACAGAGGCAUGAUUGAGUCUCUACUACACCUAACUGCCAGUAGACCCGACAUAGUUUUCAGUGUAGGUCUAUGCGCUCGGUUCCAGGCAAAUCCUAAGGAGUCACAUCUCAAAGUGGUUAAAAGGAUCUUCAAAUAUCUCAAAGGAACUACGAAUCUAUGCUUAUGGAAAAGCACGUCUGGAACGGCUCACUUCCUAGGUCCUUGCCUAGUUUCAUGGAGUUCUAAGAAACAAAACUCAGUUGCUCUUUCAACAGCCGAAGCUGAGUACGUGGCAGCCGCAUCUUGUUGCUCACAAUCCCUGUGGAUCAUGCAACAAGUGAGUGACUACGGGAUCAACCUAAAUUACACGCCAAUCUUAUGCGACAACACCAGUGCGAUCAGUAUUUCAAAGGAUUCGGUCAUGCAUUCUCGGACAAAACAUAUUCAUAUCCGUCAUCACUUUUUGAGAGAUUGCGUGGAAAAGGGGCUAAUCAGGGUAGAGUAUUGCAGCACCGAGAAACAAAUUGCUGACAUUUUUACAAAGGCUCUUGGGAGAGAAAGGUUUGAAUUAAUUAGACUUGAACUUGGUCUAAUUAAUGCUUAAAUUAUCUGUCUUAUUUGUGUCUUUUCAAAAAUAUUUUUCAAAGCAUGUCUUAAAUUAGCACAUAAAUGAAGUACUCCUUAAACUUUAAUGGCACACUUUCUGUAUAAUUCAGGGGGAACCAAUGGUUGAUUAUAUGUUUUUUUUCCCUUGAAUCUUGUCUUAAAGAGGUAAGUUCUUUCAUGUUUCCUUUUGGUUGAUGCCGAAAGGGGGAAAUAUUCAGGUGCCUCUCAUGUCCUUCUAUAUUAAUGCAAAAUCUGCAGGUCAUGUGUCUCAAGGCACCUAUGGUUUGUCAACAACAAAAAGGGGGAAUUUGUUGAAUAUUUAGUUUUGUUGAUGACUAACCAUACAGGAACAAAAGAAGGAACUAUCGUUGACUAACCCUGCAGGUAGACCAACGGAUAGAACUUCUCUCCGUUUUAUCAGGA